AGAAUGCAGCUCUCACAUCUAGCAUUAUGCCUAGCCCUAAUCUCCACAUCAGCGCUCAGUCAAAACUUACCAUUGAAUGAAAUAAUAUUUCUAGAAACUAUGCUACCAAAAAAUCCAGGACAAUCGAUCAAAAAUACAAUGGAUUCCAUUAGCAACAUGGUUCGGUCAAACAUGCCAAUAAAGGUCAAUAGGAGAUACGCAAUAAUUGGCAACACUCCCAGAACUGUCAACCAAAACCAUCAAAAAACUGUUUUAAUUCAAAAUAUGGAUACGGUUUCACCAAAAACAAUUUUAUUCCGGAAUGGUGUAGACACAGUACCUAGACGAGUAAUUGUUAGAAAUAACGAUUUACCCGCUAAAAUAAUGAUUGAUAAUAACGAUGCAUCGUUAAGAAUGGUACACAGAAAGGCGCCAGAACAACAAAUAGUUUUAGUACAACCAGAAUUUUCUCAGAAUAAAGUGCUAGUUCGUGAUAAUCUGCUUAUGUCUGGACCGUCUUCAGUUCUGUCUCCAGUUCCAAUGAUGUCUGGAGGUCUACCAUCAGCAGCUCCUCAGCCCAGAGGCAAAUUAUCCAGGAAAUUCCCUAUACCACCUCCAACAUUGUAAUUUAUACUAACCUGUUUAUCAUUGUCUAACUUUGUAUACCUAUAUAACCUUUUUGGACAUUCAACGGCAAAUUCAUAGGUACUGGUCUUGUAUAU